GGGAAGGCAGGCGGAGGCGGAGAGACCGGCCAUGGUCAUCAAGGCGGACGAGGUGGCUCCUGCAGGGGCGGCGGCGGAGGAAGACCAGCAGCAGCAGCGAGGCAGCCAGGGCCCGGCCGGCAAGGAGCCGGAGCUCAGCGCAGAGCAACCCCCGCCCAGCAUAACCCUGAUGAAUGGUGAUGGCUUGCACGAGAACCACAACGAGGAGACCAGGCAGAACGGCCACGAGGAAACAGACCACGCAGACGAUGGGAACGACCAAGAGGUUAUCGUCAUCCAGGACACCGGUUUUACGGUCAAAGUCCAUGCGCCGGCAGUCGAACCUUUCCCCCUGCAAGUAUCUCCCCAAGAGAUGGUCCAGGAAAUCCACCAGGUGCUGAUGGACCGCGAGGACACCUGUCACCGAACGUGCUUCUCCCUGCAGCUGGACGGCAACGUCCUGGACAACUUUGCCGAGCUGAAAACCAUUGAAGGGUUGCAAGAAGGCUCCGUGUUAAAAGUAGUUGAAGAACCCUAUACAGUCCGAGAAGCUAGAAUACACGUCCGCCACAUCCGAGACCUCCUGAAGAGCCUCGACCCCUCGGACGCUUUCAAUGGCGUCGACUGCAACUCCCUGUCGUUCCUCACCAUCUUCACAGAAGGGGACCUUGGAGACAGCGGCAAGAGGAAGAAGAAGGGCGCAGAAUUGGAGCAGAUUGACUGUACCCCUCCUGAACAUAUCCUGCCGGGGAGUAAAGAGCGGCCCCUCUGCCCCCUUCAGCCUCAGAACAGAGACUGGAAGCCUCUACAGUGCCUAAAAGUAUUGACCAUGAGUGGCUGGAAUCCUCCUCCCGGAAACCGCAAGAUGCACGGAGACCUCAUGUACCUGUAUGUCAUCACGAUGGAAGAUCGCCAUGUGAGCAUCACGGCCUCCACACGUGGCUUUUACCUCAAUCAGUCCACGGCCUACAACUUCAGCCCUAAGCCUGCCAACCCCAGUUUCCUCAGCCAUUCCCUGGUCGAGCUUCUGAACCAGAUCAGCCCAGCCUUCAAAAGAAACUUCGCUUCUCUGCAGAAGAAACGGGUCCAGAGACACCCGCUGGAGAGGAUAUCCACCCCUUUCCAAGUCUACAGCUGGACAGCCCCUCUGGCUGAGCACGCCAUGGACUGUGUAAGGGCGGAAGAUGCUUACACCUCAAGGUUGGGCUACGAAGAGCACAUCCCGGGACAGACCAGAGAUUGGAAUGAAGAGUUGCAAACAACCAGGGAACUGCCACGCAAAAAUCUUCCAGAAAGGCUGCUGAGGGAACGCGCAAUCUUUAAGGUCCACAGCGACUUCACUGCCGCGGCGACGAGAGGCGCGAUGGCGGUCAUUGACGGCAACGUGAUGGCCAUCAACCCCAGCGAGGAGACCAAGAUGCAGAUGUUCAUCUGGAACAACAUCUUCUUCAGCCUGGGCUUCGACGUCCGCGACCACUACAAGGACUUUGGCGGGGACGUGGCCGCCUACGUGGCCCCCACCAACGACCUCAACGGGGUCCGGACGUACAAUGCCGUUGACGUGGAAGGGCUCUACACCCUGGGCACGGUGGUGGUGGACUACCGGGGCUACCGGGUGACUGCCCAGUCCAUCAUCCCCGGCAUCCUGGAGCGGGAGCAGGAGCAGAGCGUCAUCUACGGCUCCAUCGACUUCGGCAAGACGGUGGUCUCUCACCCCAAGUACCUGGAGCUGCUUGAGAAGACCAGCCGGCCCCUGAAAAUCCAGAAGCACGCGGUCCUGAACGACAAAGGCGAGGAGGUGGAGCUCUGCUCGUCCGUGGAGUGCAAGGGGAUCAUCGGCAACGAUGGGCGCCACUACAUCCUCGACCUGCUCCGCACCUUCCCUCCCGACCUGAACUUCCUGCCCGUCGACGGGGAGGAGAUGCCCGAGGAAUGCCAGAAAAUGGGCUUCCCCAAACAGCACCGCCACAAGCUCUGCUGCCUGCGGCAAGAGCUGGUGGACGCCUUUGUCGAGCACAGGUAUCUCAUGUUCAUGAAAUUGGCAGCGCUGCAGCUGAUGCAGCAGAAGGCCAUCAAGCAGGAGGCGCCCUCCCUUCUGGAGAACGGCGGGAGCCCCACCUCCUCCUCCUCCUUUCCCGAGAACGGGGUGGAGGACGGUGAGGAGAAGCCCCCCUCGGAGGAUGGCAAGAUGGAGGACAGCGUCGCAGGGUUGGACCAGGUGAAAGAGCUCACGGAGACAAUUGCGUCGGACGAUGGAGCAGUGGACCCCAAAAGCCGGGAAGUGAUCCAGAAUGCUUGCAAAGCUGUCGGUUCCAUCAGCAACACGUCCUUCGAUAUCCGGUUUAACCCAGAUAUUUUUUCGCCAGGGGUCCGCUUUCCAGAGUCCAGCAAAGAUCAGAUUCAGGAUCAGAAGCGGUUGCUAAAGGAUGCGGCUGCUUUUCUGGUGUCCUAUCAAAUUCCAGGCUUGGUGAAGGACUGCCUUGACCACACCAUGCUUCCGAUGGACGGCGCCACCUUGGCCGAAGCCAUGCACCAGCGAGGCAUUAACAUGCGCUACCUGGGUAGAGUGGUGGACUUCAUCACCAAGACCCCUGGUCGGGCUCAGCUAGAUCACAUCUAUAAAAUCGGAAUCACAGAACUGAUCACCCGGUCGGCCAAGCACAUCUUCAAGACAUACCUUCAGGGAGUGGAGCUGUCAGGCUUAUCAGCUGCCAUCAGCCAUUUCCUCAACUGCUUCCUCAGCUCCUUCCCAAACCCCGUGGCCCAUCUCCCGGCCGAUGAACUGGUCUCCAAGAAAAAGAACAAGAGGAGGAAAAAUCGGAAUUUGGGCGCCGCUGACAACACUGCCUGGGCCACCAUGAGCCCUCAAGAAUUGUGGAAGAACAUUUGUUCAGAAGCCAAGAGUUACUUUGACUUCGGCUUGGAAUGUGAGAGUGUUGAUCAAGCAGUGGAAGUAUACAGUCUACAGAAGGUCACCCUGCUACGUGAGAUUUCCCUCAAAACUGGAAUCCAGAUCCUUCUGAAAGAAUACAACUUCGAUAACCGCCACAAGCCAACGUUCACAGAAGAGGACAUCCUCAACAUCUUCCCGGUCGUGAAGCACGUCAACCCCAAAGCCUCGGACGCCUUCCACUUCUUCCAGAGCGGCCAGGCAAAAGUGCAGCAAGGUUUCUUGAAGGAGGGCUGCGAGCUGAUCAGCGAGGCCUUAAACCUGUUCAACAACGUGUACGGCGCCAUGCACAUGGAAAUCUGCGCCUGCCUUCGUCUCUUGUCUCGCCUGAACUACAUCAUGGGAGACUACUCAGAGGCCUUAAGUAACCAGCAGAAAGCAGUGCUCAUGAGCGAGAGAGUCCUUGGCAUAGAGCACCCCAACACAAUUCAGGAAUAUAUGCACCUUGCUUUGUACUGCUUUGCAAACAGCCAGCUGUCUACAGCGCUCAACUUGCUAUACCGCGCACGCUACCUCAUGCUGUUGGUGUUUGGCGAAGAUCACCCAGAAAUGGCACUCUUGGAUAACAACAUCGGCUUGGUCCUCCAUGGAGUGAUGGAGUACGAUCUCUCCCUGCGGUUUCUGGAGAACGCACUGCUCAUCAACUCCAAGUACCAUGGCGCCAAGUCUCUGAAAGUUGCACUCAGCCACCACUUGGUCGCCCGAGUGUACGAGAGCAAAGCUGAGUUCCGGUCUGCUCUGCAGCACGAGAAGGAAGGCUACACGAUCUACAAAAACCAGCUUGGUGAGCAUCACGACAAGACCAAAGAAAGCUCGGAGUACUUGAAAUACCUGACUCAGCAGGCUGUGGCCCUGCAACGCACAAUGAAUGAGAUCUACAAGAACGGAUCCAGCGCCAACAUUAUGCCCUUGAAAUUCACAGCUCCCAGUAUGGCCAGCGUCCUGGAGCAGCUGAACAUAAUCAAUGGGAUUCUCUUCAUUCCACUAAGCCAAAAAGACUUGGAGAACCUUAAAGCCGAAGUACAGCGGCGCCAGCAACUUCAGGAGGUCCUCAAGGGCAGCGAAGAGUUGGAGUCGGAAGAAAAACCCACAGAAGAGAGAGAGCCCGAAGCAAGCCCGCCUGCAGCCAUGGCUCCCUAGCUUAGGGGUCCACGUCGGGAGAAGGCUCUGGCUGCUUGAAUCUGUCCCGGGGUGGGGUAUAGGGAGUUGCCCAGCCUCUCCUCGGGGCAGCUUCUCCUCGGCAAUGUGUUUUUGUGUUGUUGUUGUUUUUAUUUUUUAAUUUGCACUGGUACAAUGAAUACACAAUGCAAAGAACUAAAUUUUGAGAAAUGAACCCUACCUGUCAAAGCGGGCACUGGGCACCCAAAACGGGGCGGUGAAACAGCUGCUGGUGCCCGGAGAGUCUAACUGGGGCGAGAGAAUGCAGGGAUGCUGUGGGGAGGGGAGGGGAGAUGGGGGUGGAAAGGGGGCAUGCGUGUGUGCGUGUACGUUUCAAUCCAUUUUUACCGUGUACAUAAGAGAUUUAAUUCCAAGUGAGGUAUAAUAACAUUUCUCAGGUCAUUUUUUCUGUUGACUUUUAAAGGACAUCUAUAACUUUGCAGAAAAGGAACCCUCCCCACCUCCCGGGUCUGGUGGUUCUUCUCCCCCACCCCCGAAGUGCUCCUUUUCCUUCCAACUUUUGAGGCUCAGCCUGCUGCUGCACUGUUUAGGUGAUCGUGACACUAUAAAUAUUAUAUAUUAAAUAAAUUCAGCCAUAUUUUUUAUCUCAAUGUUUUAUCUUUAAGGCCUGAGCAGAGUCGGUACUGCAGAGGAAACUGUUUUGAGGAGAUGGCAUAGAACUUUUUGGUCUAAAUUUAGGAGACAGCCAUUGGAUUCCUUUUAGGGUUCCUCUUUUUAUUCUUUCCUUGCCUUCCCCCCCCAAACUAUUUAGAUUUGUUGGGAAAGUGGGGUGCGGUUUUGGUUUUUUGCAAGUUUCAUGGCCCAGGAAAGGAGACGUCGUGUGGUUUUUGUGUCCGCCUAAAUUCCUUGUGCUUUGCUCCCUCUUGAGCACAGCAUAAGAAACAGCAUCCAAA